CUCUCUCUGGUUCCGCCCCUCCCAUCGUCUACUCUACCUCAUACAUUUACCUAGUCACCUAGGUAGUUAUUCUUACACACUACAGAGUCACACUACUCGUACUACUUCCACCCCUCGUCACUAUUAUUUUCUUUCUCCCCCAAAAUAACCCAAACCCCAGAUUCGCAAAAGCCCCCAAAAAUCCUGCAAUCCCCUUCCCCCAAACGUGACUCCCAGAGCACACACAUACAGGCAGCUUUCUGGUCCUCUCGCAGUCUAGCGAGUGACACAUCAAACAAGCUUCCUCGACAAGCAAUCAAGCAACAGUCGUGACUCCGCGAAUAGGCAUGCCCCUAGAUACAGAGCACUUCCUAGAGCGGUAACCACAAGAGGAGGCUAGACCAUCAUCAUGGCCAAUUCAAAAUAUGAAUAUGUUCGGGACUUUGAGGAGACGGACAGACUACUGCCAGGGACAUGGAUAGUGGUGCGCAUCGAUGGUAGAGGGUUCACAAAGUUCACCACCCGGUACCAAUUCGAGAAGCCCAACGACCGAAGGGCGCUCGAUCUCAUGAAUGCAGCCGCCGAGGCUGUCAUGAAGGACUUGCCCGAUAUUGUCCUUGCUUAUGGAGAUAGCGAUGAAUUCAGUUUUGUCUUUCAUAAGAAUUGUACCCUGUUCGAGCGGAGGGCGAGCAAGCUGAUGACCACCAUUGUGUCAACCUUCACAGCUAAUUAUACCUUCCUCUGGUCUACCUGUUUUCCAGAUUCCCCACUCGCGCCGCCUCUACCAUCGUUUGAUGGACGCUGUGUAUGCUAUCCAAGUGACCAGUAUUUGAGAGACUAUAUGAGUUGGCGUCAGGUGGAUUGUCACAUCAACAACCUUUAUAAUACCACUUUCUGGGCUCUUGUGAAUAAAGGUAAUAUGCAAGCAAGAGAAGCAGAAGAAUUGCUCAAAGGCACCGUGUCAUCGGAUAAAAACGAGAUUCUCUUCUCUCGCUUCGGUAUCAAUUACAACAACGAACCUGAGAUAUUCAGGAAAGGGAGCGUAUUAUAUCGAGACUUCUUCGAAGCUCCAGCACAAGUACCUGCCCCGAGCGUAGCUGAAGAGAGUACUACAUCACCACCACUUUCACAUCCGCGUCCACAGAGAACUAUAAGACGACCUAUGUCCCAGCCAAUUGAGCGUCCAGUCCCGGAUCUUCGAGCAUCACCAUUGUCAGACUCUACCAUACGAGGACCAACCUUCUUGUCGACAUCAACAACACCGUCUCCUCCACCAUCUCCACAGUCACUGUCUAUUCCUGCAUUCUCCAAUCCUUUCGCGCCACCCACCACGGAGACAGCAACUAUGCCUACCAACGGCGGUCAUUCGCACUCAAACUCGACAGUGAAGUCACCACUCCCUCAAUUGACACCUCUACCACUACCUCCUCCAACAUUGAAGCCCAGCACCAAACCACCCCCUUUUCUGAACCCUCCCAACUCCGUGGCGCACACAAACACCAGCCCACAGCCCUCCCCACAGAUACAAAUCCCAGAUGUCCUCUCAGAACGCUCGAUAUCCAACUCCUCCAAACCAAUCGCAACCUCCUCGCGGCCAGUCCCAUCUGCAGAUCCUCCCAGGCUCAAACACCGCUCCCCAAGCCUCAGCAUGAUCGACUACACCGCCAAACCCCCCAUCAUCCCCCUCCGCAUCUCCUCGAUACCAAUCGACAACCGAACCCGCAAGCUCUCCCUACCAUCCUCCCAGAAAUCUGCCCUCUUCAACCACCACCACCACGCACCAUCAUCCGAAAAGGACAAAAACCUCUCCACCAUGAAAGAGCUUCCCAUCCCCCCAAGCGGAGGAGACGACAUAAUCGACCUGCGCAACAAAGUCAUGGCCGGCGAACUCCGCCUCGACAGCCUCACCCCUGCCAACCCAGCCAGCCGCCCGGGAUCAAGACUCGGAGUGCAAGAUACACCACCACCACCACCACCACCACCACCACCAGAGCAGACAUCGACGGGCGCGAGACCAGACCUCCAGCAGCGCGCGAGGUCGCACCCGCGACUACGUUCGGCACCGCCCACAGCGACGACAACAACAGCCUCGACGUCAAGACUACCAUCCCCUCCCGCAUUAUCGAACAUCAAAACCAAGAAGUCCUUCAGCGCAUCCCCUCCACCCCCCUCGCAGCCGCAACAACAGCCACCCCCAUCCUCUUCAUCACCCGCUGGGGCGAGCAAACCCAACAGCGGGAAAGCGAAAGCCAAGGCGAAAGCCAAGGCGAAAGUGCCGGAGGAAGAAGGCGGGUGGGCGGCCGCGACGAAAGAACCCAGCCGCACGCAGCGGGAGAAGGAGAGGAAGAAGAGGACGAAGGCGAGGAUCGUGAUUGAGCAUGUUGAUGUUAUCAAGGAUGAAUUUUGGAUUAGGAGGCCUUGGAUAUUGACGGGGAAGGCGGGGCUGUGAGAAGUAGGUUAAGGGGAUAGGGUUGCAUUGGAAGGGGUGAUGGCGUUUUGUUUUCACAUUUCUGGGUUCUUUCUUUUUUGAAGGGGAUGAGACGUGAUUAAUGAUAGAUGAUGGCGCGCUCUCCGGGAUUGCAGUUUGGAAAAUGUUGUGUUGUAUUUCUAGGAUGGGUAUUGCAGAGACGAUACCUCGUGGAUCUAGCUAUCUACCAUGUGACGCUAUGCUUGACAAAGAAAGAACGGAAAUGCUUGAAUGUGUCUCGUAGAUUUGUGCAAACAUGAUGAG